AUGUCUAUUCAUGAUGACUCAUGGAUUGAAAUUUUUGCUUCAGCGGCAUUGGAAAGUACUGAUAUUAUUUGUGCUUCCCCAAAUUUUCAUGGAAAACCAAUGUUUUCGAAUAUUAACGUUAGUGCUAAAAAUGAAGAAAAUGAAGAUAUAAAUUGGUACGGAUUGGAUAUUGCUAAUACUCAAGUUUUACCGAGCAACGGACAAAGAACCACUUGA